AUGACCAACGCGGAAGAACGCGCCCGCCAGCUGGUAUCCGAAGCGGAGAAAAAACUGUCCCCCAAAGGUUUUUUCCAAUCACUUUUUUUCUCUUCCCGAAACCGCACCGAAGACGCAAUCGAAUGUUACCAGAAAGCGGGAAGUUUAUUCAAACUUGCGAAAAACUGGCUACAGGCAAGCACAGCGUUCCGAAUGGCUGGCGAUUUAAACUUGGAGCAAAACAACCGGUCUGAAGCAGCCAACGAUUUUGUUUUUGCAGCCAAAUGUUUAGAUAAAUACGACACAAACGGCGCUGUAAAAUACCUACUCAAAGCAAUACAGAUUUACACCGAUUUGGGCCGCUUUAUCACGGCCGCGAAACUGCACAACAACAUUGGAGAAAUCUACGAACAAAAUUUGGAACUCGAAAACGCGAUUCAACAUUACGAACAAGCAGCCGAUUAUUACAAAGUUGAGGACAAUUUCAUGUCGGCCAAAAAGUGCCUCCUUAAAGUUGCAGAAUACGCGUCUUCAGAGUUUCACGAUUAUAACAAAGCGGUAAACAUUUUUCAAGAAGUGGCGUUUUUUGAUUUGAAAACUCCAAUUUUGCAUUACAAUGUCAAAGACAAUUUGUGUAAAGCUGGUCUGUGCCACUUGUGUGUGGACUCACUUAAUGCAAAACUUGCGCUUGAAUCAUAUUUAGAGAAAUACCCCGACUUUGAAAACACCGCUCAAUUUGAGUUUUUGAAAAAACUCAUUGAAUGUGUUGAAGAGGCGGACGAAGAAACGUUUAACAAAAUGGUCGCAGACUAUGACAAGCUCCACCGUUUGGACACUUGGCACACGAAAGUUUUAUUAAAAAUUAGGAAACAAAUAAAAGGACACCCCAAUCUUUUGUAA